ACUGAUCAGAUGCGGAAGUGCUUGAACGUGCUUCGAUCCGGCUUAUCACAUAAUAUUUUGUAUACUAUAUAAUGCAAAUGCUUUGGAGCUUGGGCCUGUGCCUUGCCUGCCUCGUUUGGCUUAGCCUGGUGCAUGGGCAGGGUCACGUGCUGGAUAAGCCCGUUACGGAAAAGUGUCUUACUUGCCUUUGCGAGGCGAUGUCGGGCUGCAAUGCGACUGCAGUCUGCAUCAGCAAUGAGAAAGGCAUCUGCGGUCUCUUCCGCAUCACUUGGGCCUACUGGGUGGAUGCGGGCAAAUUGACCAUAGAGGAUGAUGAGCCCGAUUCGGAGAACGCCUUCAUCAACUGCGCGAAUGAUGCACACUGCGCCGCCGACAGCGUGCAAAACUACAUGAAAAAAUUCAAUCAGGACUGCAACGACGAUGGGGAAAUGGACUGUCACGAUUAUGCGAGAAUACACAGAUUGGGGGCCUACGGCUGUCAUGGCGAGAUGCCCUAUAAGUUUCAGAGCACUUUCGAAGAUUGCAUUGACAACUUUGCGCAACUAGAAAAGGACGAACAGUUAAGAAAGGAUGACUCUUAAGAGAA